AUGCUCUCCCUCAUCGGUUGGUGGUUCCUCCCAUCACUCGUCGCAGGCUGGACCCAAUCCAUCUGGUACUCUCUCACCAUCCGCGCCGGCGACCCCAAACCCCAACCCGGCCACCCCCGCUUCGCCCGCGACCGCCGCACCAUCCAAAUCCUCGUCAUCUCCCUCUACCUCCUCUACACCAUCUACGAAGCCUCCUGGGAGCUCCGGCGCCAAGGCAACUUCUACACCUACCUCGGCCUGCCCCCCACCGCCUCCGACCGCGAGAUCAAAUCCCGAUUCCGCCGCCUCGCCGCCGUGCAUCACCCGGAUAAAGCAGCCCAAGGCACCACCUCCGACGGCUCGGAAUUCAUCCGUCUCAAGAUCGCUGCUGAUACGCUUCUCAACGAGGCGAGUCGCUUCGCCUACGAACGCUUCGGGCCCGCCGUCAUAGAAUGGAAGGAUUGCGCCUCAAGGUACGAAUAUGCCUUUAGGGGCACGAUCAUGGGCGUGGUCCCUCACUACGUAAUCUACGCCGUCGUCCAGUACGUCCUCGGAUUUUUCGGGUAUCUCGACUUCGCGCGCUAUUGGCGCUGGUUCUUCCUCGUCGCCAUGGCCGCCUUCGAACUUCACAUCACCACCCGACCAUCCUCCACCCUCCUCUCCCUCCUCAACCCCGUCCUCGAGUCCCCGCUCUUCAGCCACCCGCCCCUGCUACAGUUCCAACUCGUCGCGUUGGCCCGCAGACUCUGCGUCACCUUCUACAUCGCCCUCUCGCAGAUCGGGCCCCUCGCGUUUCCCUCUAAGACUCCUGGCGACUCCGACAAGGCCGUUCACGCGCAGAUCGACCGCGUCACUGCGCUGGCUAACGAGGUCGAUGAGCUCUCGGGGAGGUUGUUGGACGUGGAGCUGUCGCCGUUCAAGGGGGAUGAGGAGAUGCUGAAGACUGUGAGGGGAAAGAUUGCGGAGUGGUUGGUGCAGAAUACGAUUCGGGCGGAUCCGAUGGUCAAGGAUGCUAUGGGGCAGUCGUUUAGGAGGAGGAGGGUGGAUGCGCCGGCGGGAGCUAAGGGAAAUCGGUGA